AUGGGUACCGUUUUUUUAUCUUCAAAAGAAUGUUCCAGUGAAGCACAUACAAGCCAACACAUAUAUGAGUAUGUGGAAUCUUGUAUACAACAAGUUGGUCCCGAGAAUGUUGUUCAAGUUGUGACCGAUAAUGCCACAAAUAAUAUGGGGGCGGCGAAGUUGCUAAAAGAGAAAAGACCAUCUAUUUUUUGGACAUCAUGUGCGACACAUACCAUUAAACUUAUGCUUGAAGGUAUCAGAGCACUCCCAAGGUUUAAGAAAAUCCCAGAUCAAGCAAAGAAACUAACCAUAUUCAUUUAUGCUCACCACAAAACCUUGGCGAUGAUGAGAAGUUACACCAACAAAAGGGAAAUUAUCCGACCGAGAGUCACAAGAUUUGCUUCCGCCUUUCUAACAUUACAAAGUUUGUCCGAAAAAAGGAACAACUAA